AUGAACAAGCCCGUCACAUCUUUCAUGAUAGAUGACCUCCUAGUAAAGCGUCCUAAGAGGAGUGAACCAUUUAAGGACGUAGAUACCGGUCCAACAACCAUUAAGCUAGGAAGACGCGGCAUCAUGAAAGAGGCUAGGUACGAAAAAUUGUGGAAGUUGCUUACCAUCUCACAUUCUUUGCAGCCUCCCAAUAUCGCGGGGCCAAGAAGACCAACCACAAGCUGCUGAAGAGUGUGAGGAUCGUCCUUCGAAAAAUUCAUGUGAGUGUGUCUCCUAUGGAAUGAAAUGUUCAUUCAGAACUACACCCUCUCUGCGAUUUCCUCUCCCACCGAUUGAUGUACUGAGAGGAAUUUUGCAUGAGCUUUGUUGAUGGAGAAGCAACGUUCCUCAAAAUAAAAGAUAUUUUAUCUUAUUUAAUUUCGAGGAAAUUAAUGCGCGAACUUGGAGGAGAUUCCUCGGAAUAGCUCUUUUCAGGCACGGUCCAAACUAUUUGAACUAAUGUACAUCGGCUGCUGCGCGUAAUAUGCACAAACCGUCAACAGGCAACCAAUAGUAUACAACUUACUUUACUGGCAACACAUGUACUAGCUAAAAGCCCAGACACGCGUGUUUCGCCGAUGUUGUGCCGCUGCCUGAUGCAGCUGUGAGGGGUUCGGCUAAUCAAUUCGCGCAUUAGUUUCCUCGGAAAUUAAACGAGGCAAGGUGGAACUGGAGUUCGUAUUAGCAGAAAACACAUGGGGAAGGCUGGAGGACUCGCCGAUGAACCGAACCCCUCCGCAGCUGCAUCAGGCAGCGACAAAAGAUCGGCGAAGCACGGGUGUCUGAGUUUUUAGCUAGUACCUGUGUUGUCAGUAUAGUGGAUAAUUACACAAAAGAUACUUUGUUAGCUUAGAUGUCUCUGGGCACUCGUGCUAAGUUGAGACAUCGUUGCUUUUUAAUUUCCUCAGAAAUUAAUUGCGAACUUGGAGUAGAUCAGUAUAUUCUAGGUCUGUAGGCCAUAAGUUAAACGCGAUCACUGAUGCGGCAUCAGGACAGUCGCUUUGAGAUGAGAGAAGCGCGGAUGCGGAACGUCGAGACUAGUUUUUUUUGCCGUUUUAUCAUUCCGAACUCAAACCAUUUAGGUGGGUAUGAGUUCCGAGCAAAAGUAACAUAUUAAUAAUACUUCGUCGUAUUUUUUCGCCUCCCGAGCAUUUUCUUGAUUUCUUUGUUUAAAUCAGCGAUUAGAAUGAGGGCUUUUCAUAGGGUAAAACAGUUUUAGAGUCCAAACUAGGUAAAAUGCGUAAAUAUACACGGAUUUUUGAUGCAAGGAGGGCUCUUCAUUGAGAGGUCAUCCUAUACGUGUGUGUUUCUAAACCCUCCCCCUUCAUUCUCUAGUAGUCUCAGUCUCGAUACCGGAGUCUGGAGUGUUUUCUAUUCGUCAUUGGCUCACGCAAGGGGUAGCACACAGUUUCGCCGAAAAUGGUCAUUGGCAAGAGGUCCCUGAAAGUACGAGUGCUGUUGUCAGAACCUCAAAUGCUUCCCCGCCCUCGCCCUCCUCGACAAUCGAAGAGUCCGUAAAGAAGCCCCGCAAGGCGAGAACGGCCUUCACCGAUACCCAACUGGCAGAAUUGGAGGCAAACUUUGAAAAACAAAAGUACCUUAGCGUCCAGGACCGCAUUCAGCUGGCCAGUCGCCUGAAGUUGAAUGAUACGCAAGUUAAAACAUGGUACCAAAACAGACGGUGAGUUUUGAGACCUUAGCUCGUCUGCAAACUAUCAUUGCGAAACAUUAAUGUUAUAUUUCUCUCGCGCGUUAGUUUUGUUCGCAUGGCGCCUGAUCGUUUUCGUUGUUCUUAAUAUGAGUCGGGUGAGUAAAAAAAAAUCGCUUUUUCCUUUUACCGACGAUAAAGUUAGGUCGGAAAAUUGGCCUACACGUCAAAAUUCCAAAAACAACACGGAUAUUAGAACGCUAGGCCUUAUCCUCCUCCCUGAAGCAAGUUACUCGGCCUCAAACCCUGAGUCAUCCCAAGCCAUGACAAAAGAUAACCAGAAACGACUAAUUUUGAGUGUAUUUCAACCCUGAAAAUUUGCUCUACUAUAUGCUUGGAUAAUUUUUGGAACAAACAAGGAAGUGCAUUAUUUCAUUGUAGGCGGCGGCAGCAUCCCAAACUUCUAUUAUACUCAAAUUCUUAUCACUGUGAACAGCAAAGAUGACUUAGUGCACCGGAUAUGAAGCAGCACUGGCAGUUUGAGGCUUUAGUCGUAGUAUAAAGGGUGUUUAACUUCGUUAACUCAGUUUAUCGUGGCUGCCGCCAAAACAAGUGCAUAAUAGGAAAUGGAAGGACUUUUGUUGUGACGUUGUAAUGACUGGGUUGACAUUUAGGUAGAAAAUGUCGAGCACUGCGUAUGUGUGGAAAAAUUACGUAAGACGCUUUUGGUGGUCGUUUCGGAUGAGUAAAUCUCCCGACUGUGUUUAGGAUAUUUCUGAGACAAUCAUUUGAAUAUCUAAUUCUGUCGAAUGCAAAUCGAAUUUCCUUAUGCACUAUAGAACACUCUUAUUCUGCUGGUAAUUUCUCAAUUUUAUGUGUUAAUUUUAGUUGGUGUGAAAUUCGCCACCCACAAUGUGUGGUCGAGCUGAUGACCUACACGCAAUCAUGCAAAAUUCUCUCAUAGAUAUGUGAUCGAGCCGAAUUCAUAGCACAAAGUGCGCAACUAUUCAAAGAAUAAAACAAAAGCUAGUAAAAAUAGUAGUACGCUGGUUAGAAAUUACAAGCUUUUGCGAAAACCGGAAAUUCCGAAAACGCAAAAUUUUGCGUUAAAUGAGUCAACUUAAUUUAGAGAAGUAUUUAUUGUAUGCUAAUUCACAACUUAAUUUAAUAAAAAGUCGUCAACACGACGGCGUUUAACGGACCCUUUUCGACAAGCUUUCAAAGUCUUAUGUACAAUUCAGCAUGAUAGGCAGUCAACUGCUUUAUGUUUAGCGAUGUGCUUCGAGGUUAUAUCAUGAAAAUUCUAUGGCUGCUUUUUUGUUCAUUGAGAUAUGGCCAAUGACCUCGAAGAUGAUUUCGCUUAAUUUUGCCCGCAGAAAUAUAGCUGAACUAAUGUUUUUUAUGUUUACAUAUCAAAAGGCCGAUAGUUGGCUGAGAAUAUGAAAUUAAAUUGGCAGUUGCAGUUGGAGGCGUGCCAUUUUCUGCUUAUCCGUAGUAUUUCUUUCCGUUAUAUUACUGUGCUUUUAUGUGGUUGAAGUAUGCGCUAAACUUGAAGUUCUGUGAAAUGUCGCUAACUACGUUGCGUUGUUAUUUCCCUCCAUCGAUUGCUCAAAAUGAUAGAUUCUGUAGUUUGCAUGUAUCCAAAUUUUAAGAGAAGAGAAAUUUUUAAAUUUUCCACUUAUUAGUGAGUUCCGAACGACCCCUUUUCUGGAGUUGACAGUUUUGGUCGUAUUUAUAUUCUUACCCAAACAUGAAACCUAGUCGUCGAGGAAAACAGAUAUUCCUAAUUAAUUUCUUUGAUGAAUAUGCUUUUGCGCAUGCGAGUAUCCCCUAAAAAUUCUUCAUCUUAAAAAUGUGGUUUACUGGGCAUUUUACAGAAGAAUUUCCGCAUCCGUAAUGUUUUUCCAGAGUUAAGUCAGAAGGAAAAUUGGACUAUUUUGCCCUAUCAUGUAUUUCCUCUGCUGAUAUUGGCAAAAUUUCUGCUAGAAGCAAAACAGCCAACCUCCUUUUUAUUUUGGAAUCAUUUCCACUAUUUGUGCUUAAUUUAAAUCUCAGUCUUAAAGUCAUAAAUGCACUGGGGAAUGACGAAACAAAUGAUAUAAUGGUUCUCGGGCGGCUUAUGUGAACACACUUACCUUCCUGAAGCGCACAUCGACAGAAGUUAAACCACAUAUAUCAUGCCUUGACGUCUGCUUAAAGGUUGUUGAAGGGUAUUUUUGCCGUUACUUAUAAAAUAUUUGUUUAGAUCUGGAAAUUACAAAUGUGUUAAAAAGGGUUGCCUGCUGGCUUUUGCUGCCUCCUAGGACACACACUUAAAUUUAUUCGCAAAUCAGAAUUUUCCUGUAAGGGAAAAGAUUUUUGUUUUUCCGAAAGUAGACUGCUUAUUCACACGUUGCAUCAGAAGGAUUACGUGGACGAAAAUUUAGGCUUCAAGUUGACGAAUGUUUUCAGCUGUGAUUAUCUUAAGUAUUAGAAUAAGGACCCCAAAAAUUGCGGAUUUGGAGCCAAAGCUAGCUUACGUUCUUCAGAAUGCGCAGAUCGAACUAUGGUGAACGUCACCAGAACACUGCCGAUUCGUCGAAAUUUUUAUAAAGGGUCUGAACCAACUUCUAUCAACUAUAUUCUCAAAUUGCGACAGGACAGACAGGAGUUCUGGGAGGUACACGUGUUUAAUAGCAGCAGGAGGAAAAGAACGUAUAUCUGAGUUCUAUCGAUUAUCUGAUAUAGGAUUAUGGUGAAGCAAUUCCGGUAAGCGUUUCGUGAGUUUUACUGUGUACUGUAAAAUCUGUCUAGCUUUGCAAAAUGUUUUACUUCACACAGCACUAAUAAAACAUCUGUCAGUGCGUUGGUCGGCUAGUUUAGUACACAGAAAUGGGCUGACCAAUGACUUUAAUGAAGAGGAAACCGUUUAAAAUGUAGUCGCGGUGGGAUGCAAAGGAGGCUAACAGUUACAGUCUCUGUAAGACUAGUGCCCAUCACCAGCUUGUCUAGCAUCUUAUCUAUACAGGUGAUUUUACUCGUCCAUCGCGCUGAUGGCAGCUAUAGUCACAAAAAAGAUCCGGGGACCAUUCGGACAACAUGAUGGGCACUGGAGUAGGCAACUAAAUCGAUGUGGAUGUAACGGCAUACAUGUUGGUUCACUUAACUGAAAGGUUCUAAAACCCUUCGUUUAAGUUACGCUGGAUCCGAUAAAUAGGAAUAGUAUCGGAGAUCUUUUUAUGAGUUCGUUUGCGGAUCUGCUCCAUUCUACAAAACGUAGAACUUCAAAUGCGAACAAUAAGCAGCAUUUGUGUAGGAGAGUUUCGUAGCUCACGAAUUUAUGAGGCUGUAUAUAUUUAACUCCCGUAGCCUUAUAAUAAUCCCUAGCUGCCCUUAUUUGAGGUUUUAAAGGUAAAUGCCUAGAUGUUGCAAUCCUGUUGGACUGCUUAUUGGGGAAAAAUUAUGUACAAAUGUUGAGGGCUCUGACCGACGAAAACAAGGAUACCAAAAUGGUAAUAAUGAGAAUAAUCGGCAAUACACCAGGUCCAUGUGCUGGCACAUCCGACUGUUGGAAAUGGGUUAGAUGAGCAUCGAGCAAAGCUCACGGGCACAUGUCAUGUCGGGAAUACUCAAUAACAUGAGAGUUGUGUGCACCGAUCUAUCCUGAUUGCAGGGCCGCAUAGGGAUAUUACAGCUCAAUCAUUGAUUGUUAAUCGCCAUGAGACCACCUGUGCGGUCUACAGAACUUCUUAUCGCCUGAAUUCACUGCAUAUUUACGAAAUGACGUUUCAACAUUGAUAAGCAUAGAACAGACUGUAAAUUAAUUCCUACAUUGCGGGAGGUCGGCAUUUCAUCGAGAAGCGUUCGGACUUGUAAAGAAAUUGAUCUUAACUUAGCAUUCGCUUCCUCAAUGAUUUUUUAUUUAUAUACCUCUAACCAGGUUUUCUAGAAGGAUUCUACAAAAGGGCAUAUCUCACACGCCUCAUAGGCAAUCGCGUUUUCUCGAGGCAGGUCACCACAGCCCAUCUCUUUAGGCGGCGUGCAUUCACAGCUAAAGUGAUAAUUGUCAUAGCGUUUACAGAUUUGGGCCUCCCCUGCGGAAACAGAUUGGCGGUUUUGAGAAUUUUUGAUGUUGGCUUGAACCUGUGUGCAGUUUAAAAUCUUCAGUUCCACCAAAUCGGCUCUCAUUGCACGUCCUUUAAUUCUGAUCUGUCCCACGGUUUUAUUUACCCAAAGGAUUUUAGUUAUAGUGACAGAAGUGGGUGUGCGAAACUGCCUUCGGGAAAAUUGUACGUCUAGUGGUUUCAAAAAUGGCGGAACACACAAGAACGCUGACCAGUUCAAAAGCUACAUGUAUUAUACGUCAAAAACAAAAUAUUGCAUUCUUUCGGAUAGUAACCUUUGAAAAACAUUAUUUCAUACGAAAUGAUUUUACGAAAUGAUUCGUUUGUCAGCCUUUGUCAAAAAGAUGAGCAAAUAUAUAAAAUCAUCCGAAGUUAUCCAAAAAACAUACAGAAGAAGUGAGUUUUUGCUGUCGCAAUUGUCUUAUAUGUCUAUGUGUGAUGGCAAGUCAUCAUAUUAUCGCGUACUAAUCAAUGCGUAAUUUUACCUUCUUCCUAGUAAUAUGAAACACUGUUUGAGUGUACAGAAAUAGGUGAACACCCACUAGUUUGGAUUCUUCGCAUAUAAAUUAUGCUUCGACAAGGACAGCAGGACGGCCGACUCAAUAAAGACAUCAAUCAGUCAUAAAAAUAGCUUCUCAGUGCAUCCUCGUAUUCGUUGAGUUAUUCCCACUACUAGAUUAGGUUUUCUGUUGAAAGUGUAUACAACUGAAAAAGUGAGCCUAGUUGCGGAUACUAGCACAUCGUGUAGAAACGAACUGGCUGUAAAUCUAAGCUACAAGAAGUACAGGCAAAGCUCAACCUAAGUAGCUUUUUGAACCAUCUCCGGAAAUCGUCUGACCACAAUGACUCGUUAUUCUGUGGAAACAAGAGUAAUUGUUUGCCCGAUAGUAGUACUACGUGAAUGGUAUUGGCUCACCUAACUAUUUGGAGCCAAGUGAGCAGUAGUUGAAAUUUAUAACAGAAGUCGAGGUAGGAAAUUUAUCUAUUACAAUGUCGAAUAAAUGUGCUCCAAACUUACAUCUCCUCCAAACGAUUCUCGGAGGACUCCAAUCACACUUCUGUCAUCCAUUGUUUGGAGACAAGUGUGCAACCUAUUCUUGUCGAACACAGAAAUAAUUAUGGAAGCAGGAGAAUGCUUAUUAAACAAAGAAUCUUUUUUGUGACCUUGAAAACUUUUCGGUUUCAUUUCAUUCUCCUACCGAAUAUCUUACAUAGACUUAAUUGACGCAAUGGGUUGUCGCGUAUUUCCUGAAUAGCUCGAACGCUAACAUGAGAAAGCAAUGAUAUUUCAUCAACAGAAUGCCGACUUGUCCAUAUGUAGACAGGAAUUAUAAGAUCGUUUAGGCCUAGCCGUUUUGUUCUUAUAUUGAAAGGAGGAUUUUGGAUUCCUUUUUGGGUGGGCACAUGUUUUAGCCUGUUCUGAAGUGAUUCAGGGGCUCUUAUUCCUUCCAGUGGCCUCUAUUCUGCUCCAACUAAAGCUAACGUUUCAUUGUAAACCAAGUUGAUGUUCGUUUGGUUGACAAGAAGCAUCUGCCCCACUAGCCUGUCCGCACUGACAGUCUCGGCCACUGCCAUUGCUGAACCAGAACCUGGAGAUUUCGGAAGUGUUGACCGCCGUCACCCCCCACCCCCGCACUACAUCACUGCUACUUCUCCUUCCCGGGGACUGGGAAUGAGGCUGGCGAUUGAGGCGAGACAAGCAUAUGAUUAGGGUAACAAAGAGAGAUUAAAGAGAGUUUAUUGUUCUACCUGGAUAACAGGAAGUUCACUUAAAGGCCUUCCCCUCCCCAGGAUAUGCACACACCCACAUCUCUGCCGACGUCUAGAUCGUCCACCUAUGAUAAGGUAUCUGUUCAAGUGGAGGAGCCGUGCUAUUUCCGUUUAAUGGGCGUAAACGAAGACAAAUUAGGAGGACGUGAAAGCAGUAACCUGCAUUAUAUAGUGCAGGUAAAAAUGCAUCGAAAUUUCGUAAAUGCUCCGGAAAGAAAAAAAGUGAAGACUCAUUCAGAGAAUGAGUAUUCCUCGUCACCCUAUGUUCCUAGCAGCAGACGUGUUUGAUGCAUCUCGAGUUCAGCGAAAACUUGCCGGGAGAAAAGAGGAAAUCAAAUCACGCGGUCAAUAAAUACUGACCAACAGAUAGAGCUACGCUAAUCACCUUCCUAAGUUUUCUUAAAACUAGUACGAUGAGGCCUCGUGGCUCAACAGGCGAGGCCCUAGGUUCAAUCGCCAAACGUGCCUGAUUUGAAAUUUCACUGCUCUUCAGUCUGGGGUUGGGUGUUGACUGGCUGCUGAUGGCAAGUGACACAAAAGAAAAGUCGAGUCCCAGAAGGCAGAUUGUCGGAACAAGGAUUUUAUUUGUCUGGCGUUUUAGAUUCUCACUCGAACACAUCAUCAGAGAUGGCCAUAAAUAAGGACGGUAGACGCACAAGAGGUACAGGAUUUUUUGGAUACAGUUGUCGUGCCAUCACUUAAUUGACAAUAAUUAACCGCUUGCGCACUCACCGCCGAUGGUCGUACGUGGUGCAAUGAUGAUUAUCCCGCCUGUGUCCGACUUGCUAUUUGUCACAGUUUCAUGAACGAUGUUGAUUACUUGCGCGCUAAUGACUCGGCCGUUGGGCUCGCUGAUGUUGUCACUGGAAGUAGUGUUCGCCUGCGCAUUCACUUUAUGGUCAAGUAAUCUGCCCAGGCACAGACUCGGCACCGAAUAUAGGGGAGAGGUCAUUGCAUUCGUUAAUAAGUCGUGGGCUGUAGAUCCGUGACUCAGUCAGUUCACAGCCAACUCACCUGUCAUCUUUCACAAGAAUUUCGGCCCCGUCAAACCUGAAGGUGUAGCUAGAUCCCGUUGAAUGAUCCCCGACUUGGGAACCGGCGUCAUUCUUCCUCACCGAUGCUGCAUGCUCAGCCACUCGCGUCCAGAGUAAACUCCCAAUUUCUCUAACUAAUUCGCAUUGCCCGCAACUGCACCAGAUCAUUUGAACAACUCCAGACGUUUCUUGCCAUGGCAGUGGGUUUUUCGGCUUCAUUACCUGUCACUUACGAGUCACCCCUGGUCUGUGUGCCACCCCAACUCAAAGUGGCGUGAGACGACAGCUGAUGGCUUCUGAAACUUUACUCACGCAUGUACGCGCUAGCUAAAAUACGAGGCUCGUGUGGCUUUGUCUCGCAUCCCGUUCGCGAAUGCAUCUGCCGAUGAAGGUGCGCGGGUAGCCCUUCGCUCUGAACCCCCUUCGAAGGUGUCCUAAUUCGGCAAUCUUGCCUUCUGUUUUAUUGCAGUGCGUCUCAGCGCGUCGCUAUAGCGCCCUUACGUCAAUGCGUUUGUAAAUUUUGAAUGGUUGUGUCGAAGAUUAGUGUUUGUGUCGCAUUUGCCGCUCUCUUGAAGCCUUUGGUUCUUAGACCACCACAAUCUUUGCAGCAGACGAGAACAUCAAGGAAGGUCAGCCGGUUAAGUUAUUUUUCCCCCGUCGUUCGGUAGAUAUCCGGGAAGACGGCGUUGAGUUGUUCUUUAAAGGUCGGGACCGGAUCCCAUUCAGUGAGGACGAGGGUGCCAUUCACACAUCGAGGCCAGAAUUUCGGCCUGCGGUUUUGGAAGACUAGAGACUCCAGCCGCCGCAGGUCCACCUUGGUUAUGAGCCCCGAAAGUGAUAAACGCAUUGGCAGGCCUUUUACCUGCUCAUAGAUUAUUCCCUUGAGCGUGGGGUACGACUUGAGACAAAACUUCAGGAAUAAGAGGAGUUUGGCGUGUUCGAGAAGAUUCUCAGUUUCACGGUAUUUUCCUCUCAGGAGUAGUCCAAUAAGUUGGAUUGUCAGAUCCUGGGAAAUAAAAGUAAAAAUAUACAUGACAACAAAAGAUUCCAUGAGGUCGUAUGGCAGAGGACUUACCGAUUUAAGUGUCUCCAGGAAUUGUGCUGACGAAUUGAUUGUGGCAUCUGAAUCAUCGGUCAGAAAUCUAAGAAGCCGAAACAGGCUUCCCUAAUCCGUAAGUUAGGGUGGCUUUGAGGGAUUUAAAGAGGCGGAGACAGGGAUAGUAUGAGGGAGCCAUUUCCCCGGGUUGUUAGCACGCCGAUACUCAAAACCCCUUACGCAUCUGUAACGACUAACAACUCGGGUAGGGGUGAGCAAGUCCUAAUCGCACCAAGUACAAUCAUCUGCGAUGAAUACGGAAACGGCUAACUAUGAUACAAACGUGAUAGCAUGACAACUACCUCCCAAAAUACUGUUCCCUUUGUGCGGCCGUUGCCCUCAUUUGUAGCUUCAUCUGGUGGUGUUCGAGUGAGACCCCAAAACGUCAGAAGAAGAAAAUUCUUGUCUCAGUGAUCGAAUCUCAUGCUUUUCAAGGACAAAUGAGUUAGAAAUGGGCAUUCCAGUUUCUGUCGUCUCUGCUCAUAAGUCCUAUCAGCAAUGAUUCUCUGCUCUUGUGAGACCGUCAGGAGGAGCUCUGGACCGGUCCACAUGACAAAAUGGAUUGUCUAUAUUUCGUCCUGAAACCGGGAUAGAUCGGCGAAUAACACUUCUGGUUGACCGGAUGGUUCCAAUCUCAGACGCAUAAUAUGAGCUAAUGACUUAGUGAUAAGACGUUUGGCUCGACGAUCAAGUGGACCAUGUUUUAAACCUCGGGUGUUUCCUGUCUGCGUUUGGGCUAUGGGUCUCUGGUUACGGCACAAAAGCCAGAAAUGACCAUUCCAGUCUUUCUUCCCUUGACCAUGGCUCUCAGUUUUGAGUAUACUUCGUUGUGGGACCAGUAGCGAAGGCUCUAAACCAUGACCCUAAGUGAGGACGUUGCCCUCGUAUUCGUCGCACCAUCAAGACAUAGUGGUGAAUGCUGUUCCCAUGUGACCUUAGAUACAACUGCCUUCACUCUUUUUGCGAAUACCCCAGUAGCGUUUGUUGCCGCUAAUGUUGCAUUGUGUUUUUGACGAGUUUCCUGAUAACACUUUCACAUUUGCAAUCACAAUAACUACAUCGAUUGCUGCUAAUAGAACUGUCCUUGCAAACGCUAUCAAACUAAUACUGGCACAAAUAUUGUUUUUUAAGGUCAUCACAAACAAUCUGGGUUCCCUUACUGUCCCUUUCACUAACGCCGACGUAAAAUAAAAUGUCUGUUUUUUCCUUACACUGGUAUCGCUCCUAUUGUCUAUGCUAGCAUUACAAUUAAUGUUACACUCGUAUUGUCACCACUGAGGGGACUGCCGAAAAUGCAUUCUUCACGUCCUCAAACUACCCCAGUUACAACCGCUACGGCUAAUACAAAAUACUGCUAGUGAUACUGAUACCUCCGUCUUCAAAGGAUAUUUGUAGUAGCGCUAUCGAAAAUUCUAAUUGUACGACAACCACCAUCAAAUUCGCCGCCGCUAUUUCGAUUAGCGAUGCUGAUCGUGCCGCAGUGAUAAUCUCCACAAAAGAUAGCACGUAGGACUAAGAAGUACUCGAUGAGCUCCGGAAGUUCGGCGAGUCCGUAAGCCGGGUAACUUAGGCAGCCCGUAGAAAUCAAGUGCUGCAAAGUGGAUCACAAACAGUCGGUUACUACAGAUUAUCGCCUAUACUGAAUGUCAGAACUUCAACACUAGGUAUAUGGACAACGGUAGAAAAUCCAGAGGAAUACGCCAUUUAUAGAAAUUCCUGCUACUUGAGAAAGUAAAAGAGCAUCCGAGGGAGAAAAAUGGUUUACUUACAGAGAGCCAAGCGAGAAACGACCUAGAUGCCCCAUCUUGUACGCAGGAUGGAAUACGGGAGCUCGCUUUGCCCUAAAGUUCCUGUCUAGGGCAGUUGUAGGUGGUCGUAAUGCGACGAGCAAUAAAUAAUCCAUAUGCAUUAGUGAGAGGCGACCAGGGCAACUGAAUUUGCUGCUUCGUGAAUUAUUUUCUCAUGGUUCUCGGCCGGGCCUUGUAGCUCAGGUGGUUAGAGCGUUGGCCGUACUCAAGCCUUGCCUUCUCUGCCGCGGGCUUGAAUCCCACCAAGGCAUCCGCGUUUUUCACAGUUUGGACAAGUGAAUUAGUGAAGUCUACAAAAACCUAUCAUUUAUUUCCUGUCAUCAGUCAGUCAGCCAGCCCUCACUUCUCAUCACAGGUCACGCAGUUCUGAGGCCUGAAUCGGAGCGUCGUUGACACCUGUGUCGGCACUCUGCCACUGAACCAACAACUCAUACCGGCUACAACCUGGAAUAUUUAAGGUCGACAUGCGAUCGCGCGCAACAGUUUUAAACUAAGAACGUCUGCGUUCAGUCCUGAAAUAAAAUCGUACGGGUGAACGCCACACUAAUUUAACUUUCAACAUUCUCGGUCAGAGCCAUAAGGCAGUGGCUUAGCGACAAAGCAGUGGCUCAACAACCAAUGUGACCUGGGUCCUAACCUCGGGUCUGUUCACUCGGUGCUGAGGCAAGGCAAAUUGACAACCGUUACUAAAUCAUCAGUUGUCAUUCCGGUCCCCCCAGUCUUUGUUGACAAUACUUCCCAGCAACUUACCUGCUGUUUUUUUACAUUCAUGCAUGCUUUCUCUGGAAGCCAUGCUUCCAUUUGGUUCACGCAUCUCUGUGGUAACCUGACGUCGGUCAUUCGCGAGAAAGCUUGUCGGUUUGAUAAGAGACGUAACUUUUUCUCCUCCAGAACGAAGUGGAAACGUCAGACCGCUGUCGGUUUGGAACUCCUCGGAGAAACUGGAAACUUCCUAGCAGUGAAACAAAUCAUUCAGUCGAACUCCUCCUACUGGGCUAUUAACCCGGCUACAGAAGCUAUUCUGGCUAGCAUGGAAAGCCUCAGCCAGACACAUGCUCCAAAUCUCUCACACCCUCCUCACGAAAUGAAUCAACCGGUAACCAAGAUACCCCAGAAGAAUACACUGCAAGUGGAGACGCUGCCACCAUCACAAAAAGCACCAUUUCAGCUGUCCAUCUUUUCCUGUCUAGGUGGCUUCAAUGAGGAGGGCUAUGAUGAUAAGCAGAAGGUAAAACCCAGUUUGACGAGUCAUUCCUGCCGUUGUAAGACCCCUGGGGAGGCGCUUUCCUCAGGGGGUACCCUAGGAGGGCUUGAUGAGUUGAUUUCUUUCCAACAACGGCAACAGCAACUAAAGCAGGGGGCUCAUAUUAUGAACCUUCUCUUGCGCUCCGUCGUUGGUGGUUUCAGUCUACCUGCGGGAGAGAUCUUGGAACCCCUAGGUGUUCCUACCACUCCACCAGUUGGGGCAUCACAGUCAUGUCCCAUAUCCAAGCUGGAACGCUGGGAUUGUCCCGAGGCGCCAAGGCAGGUUAGUGGAAAUGAACGCUUCAUGGAGGACUCCGGCAGUCGGUCUCCAUUCCAAUCGGAACCACCUGACUGGAAGACAAUGAACCUGAGCCCAACUUCCUGUUGGAACCCGGCCAGUAUGAUUUUCCACCAGCACUUUCUGAGUUGA